CUCCAGCUCAAUGGAGUUGAAGUUCUUAAGGCCAGCCUGGGUGUCGCUUGGUGACAUGGCGAGGUACUCAAAAAGGAUGGCUUCAGGGUGCUCAAUGCAGUGUGGUCACGGCGGGUAGGCAGUUUAAGAUCCCCACACACGGUCAACCCGAAGCCCGGGGGUUUCUCCACUCGAUCCGACUCGUCUCGUAAUCGUAGUCAGGGCGUUACAUAGGGAUAUCCCAUCGUACUUGUCGUGUGAAGAACUUCGAGUGAAGUGAACGUGGUGAGGCGAUGUGACCGAGGUGGGUGAGGCAGAUGUUUCUGUGCAGCAGGUGUCAAGACGCGGUUUUCGAUCUUCUCAGCGGUUCCUCAGCCGAGAGGGAUCCUGGGCGUAGUCUCCAAACGUUGAUGUUUGGGGAAGAGAAAUCGGAGAGGGGAGGCGAACUGGGGUCGGAACCUGCGGCGCCCCAACCUUUCCAGUGGAUCACUGGCGAACGACUAGCGUCGAGAGAGUGUUUUCGCAUGGUUGAAUUGUGGGGUAACAUCCCAGUCAUCCUUGUUCACCUCUCUCUGGCUGGCCUGUUCUCGAGCCUGAGCACACAUCCGGUUGCGGGGGUUGCAGGCUUCGAGUUGCUCAAAGGGGAAGGGGGGCCAGAGACAGCGGAGGGCGAAAGGAAGCGCGGUCUUGGCUCACCCGCAACGGCGCAUGCAGGCAAUAUACAACAAGCAUGCGGGACGAAGCAUCGAAGGCCAUGGGAACAAGAAAAGAAGGUUGGCCGAAAUUCGAUGGAUGGGGCGAAUAGAUUGAGCAUGCGAUGCUGGCAAGCCCAACGAGGGGACAUCAGAAGUUUGACGGGCCGGCUUGCUAUUGCAGAUGGGGCGGCUUGUCAACCUCCCCUUCCCCCUCUGGGUUCAAGACGAGGAGGCAAGCAAGAGACCGAGGAUGCAGCCGGGCUGACGCACACUCACCGCAUCCAUCCCGCACUGGAGUGCAUCCAAAGCCCGCAGCCACCCUCAUGCAUGCGGUUCGCAUGCACCAAGCAGGGCAAAGUCGGGCCUCUUCUGUGCUUCUCUGCAGCUGAGGCAAGCCACAGGAGUGUCAUCCCCGGGCAAUCCCUCUGUCCGACAGGGAAGUGUGGUGGUCCUUUUCCAUGCCUCCGUUUCGCGCUGCGCCACGCACGGGCACCGGGAGGACGUCCCCUUCCGAAUUGGACGUCAUGGCAAGGGGACGCGGAAGGCGACCGCGUGGUGCUCGUGUGCAAACCUGCAGGGAUGCCGGGUGUAAUUGUAUGAGCGAAGGAAAAUUCCGAGAAUACGCCGGAACGUAAUAUAGGUACAAGCCGACAGGGAUGCCGGGCGGUUUGCAUUCAGCAGAUCUGCGCUCGCCCGUGAUAUCUGCAGCCGCCGAGAUUGGCCAUGGCG